GAGGCUGCGUGCGAGAUGAAGAGCGUAAGACAGAGAAGGACCGAGAUUCAAACUCGAAAUCUAACGAGGAACUCUCAGAGCCACGAGAGUGGCCGCGCGAUACGGCACGGGUGUUUGAAAACAGCCGAUAACAGUGUGCAUCGCGCCAUGUGUACCGAGAAAAGUGCGAAUUUCCUGUGGCUCCUUUGUUCCAUAUCGCUUUUCUGUGGAUUUGUUCUUCCAUACGGACGCUGCCAGAACGCAGGUCCACGGGAACAGCCGGAUAGCAGGGAUGAUGCGAGGAAAAUAGGCGAUCUGCGCGACGAACUGCAGGCUGACGAUGCGGAUCAGUCGUAUGUCUGGGAUGCGUCUCUCGAGGGUAAAAAGGCGCUCGAUGAGGACGGGAGCUCCCUCUCGUCUCGAAACGCGGCAGAGGUGCCGGAGACGGAAGCGGAAACAGCGCCUCGGGCUGACGGAAAUAGGGACAAGGUCCUCGUUCCACCAGAAGAUGCUUCCAACUCCUCGCUUCGGCAGGGUUUGAAUGUCACAGCAUCAACGUCUAUCACCCGUCGAAAGGGGGAUAUCAACGACAGAUCCCGUAAGAAAAGGCGUAGAAACAAAGAUUCGAAGAACUCCGACGUGGAUCGACAGCGUGAGAACACGCAGGAGGUGUACGAGAACGAGAUCAGGGGGAAACGAGGUGGUCAAACGAAAAAAUCGAAGGAUACCGCUGCGAGGAGGUAUCGCGUCGAGCGUCGGAGGAGGAGAAAAAAUCGCGAACGAAAGCGUGGAAGGAAGAGGUCCAAGCAGAACGGAGAGAAAAACGAGGCGCGUAGAACGUCCAAGUUCAAAAGAAGAAUGAACGAUGUGCCCGCCGCGCUACUGCUUGGCAAGAUCGAUGGUCACGUGGCGGAGGACAAUGUUUCCGGCUACGACUCCUCGAACGUGACCGGGAGAGGUAACCAGAAUCUCUCGAAUGCUUCUGACGUUACCUCGCCGUUCAAUCUUCAGGAUCAAUUAACUACCGAGGCCACGAAACGGUCCACGCACACCACAUCGCGUUACAAGAUGUACGAAGACACCGUCGAAAGGGAAUUCUCGAAGCAGCUUGAAAAAGAGAUCUCGCGGACGCAGAUGGAAGACCCUGCCAGCUUGGAGAACCGUAUCCUGGGUAGUUCCGUGCCGAAAUCCUCUCACAAGAAUACAGAACAUAAAGAGGAUGGUUCUACAAAUACGAACGAGUCGAAGUUUGGCAACUCGAGGUACGACGCCGAUAAAAUGUUAGGUUAUUCACGGACGGAAGAGGAUUUACCUAUUUUGGAUUUGGAGAACGAGGUGCUGGCGAGGACCUUGAAGGAUUACAACGCUUAUAUGACGUCGAGCUUGAAGUUAUCGAUGGUACCCAGGCGGGACGCAAUCGAGCAUAGGAAAACUGGCGGAUCGCAUUUUCAUGGGAAACCCAUAAUCGACGGAGUAGAGUUCGAUAGGUUGGGCGGAAAGAAGAGCACGGAAACGAUGAGCAGCACCGUGGCGUACGAGGAAGAUACGAGAGGGGAUUUAUCAUGCAUAAACGGGACGUUCGUGCCGGCACCCCUUGCCCGCCAUGCACUGAUCAAAUAUGUAAAGUAUUCUGCAUUUGUUUGUGUAGAUAUCAAUGAAUGUACGGUCGACAAUGGUGGAUGCAUGGAAGUUUGCGAGAACACAGACGGAAGCUUCUUCUGCGCUUGCGACGGGGACGAGAAAGCUCUGUCGUCGGAUGGCAAAUCCUGCGUGGAUAUAAAUAACGUGUCCUGUCCACCAUUGAAUCCGGAGGGCCGAGGAUAUUUAAUGUGUUCACGUUUGGCAACGCCAAAGCCAUGGAGAGGUAGACGAAGAGUAGCCAAUCGACCAGGUACCAAGUGUUUCUUGAAGUGUCCCCAUGGGUAUCAGCUUCAUGGGGAAUAUGAAUUGACUUGUCGAUCGGAUGGUUCAUGGGAUGGGCCGAAACACGGCGAGUGCGUCAGAUACAGCAAACCUCGUUUAGAAUGUCCGAAAGAUGUGAUCGCGGAACUACCGCCCGGACGAGACGAGGCCUUUGUGACUUUCGAUCAGCCAUCGACGGAUCUCGAUUGGUUCCGGUAUGUUAGGUCGAAACCCUCCUGGGGGACUAGGCUAGAAGCGAAUCUAACCCCCGGCAUGCACGAGAUCACGUUUUUUGCAAGACACCCGGUAUCGAAGAAACAGGCCAGCUGCGUGUUACGCAUCAUUGUCAAAGGCGGUGAAGCGCCAAAAGUUAAAGACUGUCCGAACGACAUAGAGGUCACCGGAAGAAAUGGGACGGCAAUCACGUGGACCGAGCCAAUUUUUACGGACAAUGUGAAGGUGACCCGGAUUAGGAGCAACGAGAGUCCAGGCCGGCGUUUCGACGUCGGUGGUCAUAGAGUAGAGUACGAGGCGAGCGAUGAAGCAGGUUGGUCAAGCAAGUGCGUGUUCACCGUGGUCCUACGUCAGGAGUGAGUCGCGAAUUCUUUAGCGAUCAAGUGAGCGCGAGAACGAGGAAGGAGGAGGAGGAACGACGGAGAAAAAGGAAUCCAGAUGAAAGGGGGGCAAAGGUAGCGGACCGGAAGAAUAACGAUAAGGUAAUAUAAAUGGAAAUGCUCUGGACUCGUGCAACGUUCCCUCCGCGUGCGUAAUGGAUUCCGUUUUAUCCGGAAGGUUAAACGCGGAUGAGACACGGAUAUCUUCUCGUGGUACUCGUUGAUACACACGCGAGUGCGUGUACACGGAGAUGGAAAUCUCUUGGUUUGAAUACUGAAAAGGGCUUGUUGGAAAUCGUCCUUUUGAAUGGAAUUCAAAGAUAAUUUAAUUUUGGAGAAUGUUUCGAGAAAUGUUUCUCCCUUGUCUUUUUUCACUGAGCUUGGAAAAGAGUUCUUACGCUUGCUUUUACUUUACAUUUGCUGAUGAUAGUUUAAAAAACAAUAUAAUGGGUAUUAUUCUCUUAAACUUUAUUUAGUUUGGUGUUUUAAAUUCAUUUUCGGCAAAUUGAUAAUUAUUAUACUUGUCAUUGUUUGAUAUUCUAAGUCGUAUAAUUUAUGCGUUAUUAUUUUUAUUCUAGUAUAUCAUUAAUAUUAGAAUUGAAGUCAUUUCUUAAUUACGUAAAUAGUGGAAAUUUGCCUUGAGAUUUUUGUACGAAAUACUUUAUGUAUACGUAUGUAUUACAAUUUAUAUUUAAUUAAUCUGUUAAAUUUCAUUUAAUUUAAUUUAGCUUCAAAUUUAUCCGUAGAAAAUUGACGAUUAUUACCCUUUUUCUUACUUGAUAUUCUAAAUGGUAUAACAUUUACGUUGUUACUUUUAUUAUAGUAUAUUAAUAAUAAUAAAUUCGAGGUCAUUUCUUAAUCUCCCAAAGAAUAGGAUUUUUACUUUGAGAUUUUUACAAGAUUUUGUACGAAAUACUUAUACGUAUACGUGCUAUAAUCUGCAUUUAAACAAGAGAAUCCCCAACAACAACAGUGAGUGUAGCUCAUUUUUGUAAUUAUCAUCACAUAUACACACGCGUAACAUGUAGUAUUCGAGGUAUUCCAUUCGAGUAAGAUGUCUCGUCGAUCAUCACGAUUGACUUUUCACGGUUCGGAACGAUCCACAGGUUUCGCCAUUGCACUCUCGUCUUUUCUUUCUCGCGUUUCUUUCACGUUCCGAUCUAUCGUGGCCCGCACACGGUGUACCCUGAAGCAAAUCGUCUAGAAUCUAGGCCCUAGAUCAAUCCUUCGACCUCCACCAGGAGGCUCGAUUCACUUAUUACAUACCACGAUCACGAUUACGAUCACGAUCGACACACCAUCUAGGAGAUCUAGAAAUUCGAGGAAAUACUCAAGCCACUCUCCUCGCUGCUACUUGUCGGUUCGAACAAAAUUACAAGUGAUGGUUGCGUGACCAGCAUACGCGAUAAACCAAGGACAAAAGGGAACAGAAGCAGGAAAGAGCGGGGAUAUUAUAUUCCGAAUGGCACCGACGGUUAAUCGUGAUGAAAUUUGGCGGAUAUUAUUGGACGAGAUAGUAAAUGUGAAAUAUAAAAUCCUAACUCCGAGAAAUCAUAUGUACAAAAAGUAUUAGCACGUAUCCUUAUUUGCCAAUAAAGCGUUUUUUAUCAAUUCCACAUCUUACUUUCAUAACAUCAAAUUUUUAUGGCCGUGUGAAAGUAAAUGAUACGAAAUUUAAUAUAUUUGCACUGACUAAUUAGUACGUAAAUGUUGUAAUAAAUACAAUGCUAUGCUAAUAGUUUUCAUAGCCACUGUAAUUGAUCUAGUGACAACAUUUUUACCACAAAAACACUCAAUCCCAAGCCAAACAUAUACCGACAUCUCUCUUUAAAGGAGACUGGCCGUUUUUCCUUUCACCUAUUUUUGCUUUAAUGAUAUAUUUAUUCCUCAUUCAUGCUUACAUCGUUAUACUGAUUACCCAACAUUGCGCCUAUAGCAGCGAAGAUCUAUUACAUAUAAGGACAUGUAUCUUCCGAACGUCUAAUUUCUCAAAGCUAGGAUUUUAUAUUUCAGAUCUAAUAUCUUACCCCGUGUUAUCCAGCAAAUCUCAUCCCGAUCGGUUAUCGGUGUCUUUCGGAAGUACAGCCAAGAGCGGAACAAAGGGCGAUUUAUCCGCGAUCCGUAGAUCCGUAGACGGCAAAGAGCAGGGAAAUCUAUCGGGAGUUCUAUGCAAAUCUGGAAUCGAACGUGCGUUGUCGUUGGUCGAACGAGUUUCGCCGAUUACCAGGACCUGGUCGAAACACGCAUUGCAGCGGACGCGGCGAUUUUACGUUCGUUUCUUUUCACGGUACAACGAUCGCGAAUUUGUCGAACGAAACGAGGUUCGAUCCGCAUACAACGAAACUCCAGUUGACCCUCCACCUCUCCCCGUUUCAGCCUCACGCGGAGUUUCCGUGUUAAUCGUCGAUCGUCGAUUAAAAUUUCGCCAGGGACGGACAAUGUCCGUGUCGGUUAAACGAAGCCGGUCGCGAUUAAUUUUGAAAUUGGACGCCUCGUCGAGUGUGUUUUCACGCGGCUUGCAGCUGACAAGCCGGAACAACGAUAGUUUUAAUCCCGUUCAGCAGAGAGAGAGAGAGAGAGAGAGAGAGAGAGAGAGAGAGGGAGAGAGUGUGUUAAAGGGCGGUCUUCGGCUGGUCGCCCGCACGCCGAUCGGAAAACGAAACGGAUUUAUGGAAAUUGCAAAGUUCCCAGGUUACGUCAAAGCCCGUCGAAUCGAGUGUGCGCGAAUUAUGCGUUCUAUUGGACCGAGAACCGCGAUUAACGGAUAAAACGAAACGUCUUUUAAUCAGUUUCCGCGGCCGCGCUUUACGUUUCGAUUGGAAUAUUUUUGAACGUUAUGGAUCGCAUCUUGUUUCGUACGUUUCUAGUUUUCAAUCAACUACGAUCCCUGACAGAAUGGUUUUGAUCAAACGCAAUAAUAUUAUAUGUUUACUAUAAAAC